ACACGCGCGGAGCGGGGAGCGGGAGCGGCGGCGCCGGCGGCAGCGCGGCCGCCGGCGGCGGGAGGAUGAGGCUGCGGAUCUACAAGCGGAAGGUGCUGCUGCUGGCGCUGGCGCUGGCGGCCUGCGCGCUGGUGCUGUGGGGAGGCGGGGGGACGGGCGGGCGGCGGAGGCAGCAGCAGCCGCAGCAGCGGGGCGGCACCGGAGAGCCGCCGCGGGUCAGCGAAGCGCCGCGCCGCCCCGCCGGCGCCGGCAACGCCUCGGCCUCGGCCUCCGCCGCCGCCCCGACCGCCGGCGCGGAGAACGGGACGCUGAGCUACCGCUCGCUCGUCUACCGCCUCAACUUCGACCAGCCGCUGCGCAACGCGGGGCGCUUCCCGGCCCGGCCCGGCGGCCCCGACGUGGUGCUGGUGGUGCAGGUGCACGACCGCGCCGAGCACCUGCGGCUGCUGCUCGAGUCCCUGCGGCGCGCGCCGGGCGUGGAGAACGCGCUGCUGGUGCUGAGCCACGACCUGUGGGCCGACGAGCUGAACCGGCUGGCGGCCGCCGUGGACUUCUGCCCGGUGCUGCAGGUCUUCUUCCCCUUCAGCGUCCAGCUGUACCCCCGCGAGUUCCCCGGGCACGACCCCCGCGACUGCCCCCGCGACGUGGGCAAAGCGGCGGCGCUGCGCCUGGGCUGCCUCAACGCCGAGUUCCCCGACUCGUUCGGGCACUACCGCGAGGCGCGCUUCUCGCAGACCAAACACCACUGGUGGUGGAAGCUGCACUUCGUCUGGGAGCGCGUGCGGGCGCUGCGGGAGCACGCCGGGCCCGUCGUCUUCCUGGAGGAGGACCACUACCUGGCGCCCGACUUCUACCACGUCCUCAAGCGGCUGUGGGCGCUGCGGCAGCGCGACUGCCCCGAGUGCCAGGUGGUCUCGCUGGGCUCCUACGCGGUGGGCCGCGGGGGCUUCGCCGGCCGCGCCGAUAAGGCCGAGGUGAAGACGUGGAAGUCCACGGAGCACAACAUGGGCAUGGCCUUCGGCAGAGACACCUACCAGAAGCUCAUCGAGUGCACGGACGCCUUCUGCACGUACGAUGACUACAACUGGGACUGGACGCUGCAGCACUUGACUGUGUCGUGUCUUCCAAAGUUCUGGAAGGUGCUGGUCCCCGAAAUCCCCCGCGUCUUUCACACGGGAGACUGCGGCAUGCACCACAAGAAGUCCUGCAGGCCGUCCUCCCAGAGUGCCAAAAUCGACUCUCUGCUGAGCAGCAACCGGCAGUACCUGUUCCCCGAGACGAUGAGCGUCAGCAAAAGGUACUCCAUGGCCCCCCUGUCCCCCCACGUCAAGAACGGAGGCUGGGGGGACAUCCGGGACCACGAACUCUGUAAGAGUUACCGCCGCCUCCAGUGAGGCCCGCGCUCGCAGCCUUCUCCUUUUCGAACUGCCCCGUCCCGUCUUUUACAGACCCACACGUGUAUAAAGAGAGAAGCAAACAGAAAACAAGCAUUUAUGAGUUGGUUUCCGCUUUAAUAUGAAUAAACGUUCGUGUCAAAGGUGUCCCAAAACGUUCAUCUCUCGUGUGCGGAGCUCGGCAGCGCUGUGCGGAGCAGCGGGGAUGGCUGCGCUCUGUGCUGCGCUCACCCGGAGGAGGAGGAAGAGGAAGAGGAGGAGGAGGAGGAGAGCUCUGCUCAAAGCACAUCUUUGCAGUGCUGGCUGUGCACACUUGGGGUUCUUUUCCUGCACCGUGUGCUGGGGCAGCGCGUUGCCUCCCGGCCGGCCGCGGCGCUGUGCUGUGGUCGGCUGCGUGCUGGUGAAUAUAUGAAGGAAAUAAGGAAAAACAAAUGAUUGUUUUUACUACAAUGUAGAUAAAUAUAUACAAGUUUUUUAGUUCUGCCAAAAUAAAAUUCAGUUGUUUUGUAA